GGCGGGGAUCGGCUGACCCGGUGGGGAGAGGCGAUUCUGGCCUGGGCCCGCAGGCAUCGCCAUACCACAAAGGGGUCCCCUUAUCUUGGGGGCUCCUCUCCCGAUUCCUGGAAUCGGCGCCUCGGAGCCCGGCGGUCGUGGGCGGGAACCCCAGGCGUGUUCCCCCCGGUGCCCCUGCCAACUCCCCCCUCAGGUCUCUGCUCGAGCCGCCUGCACUUACAGGAUGUUUCACGGGAUCCCAGCCACUCCAGGCCUGGGAGCUCCUGGAAACAAGCCGGAGCUGUAUGAGGAAGUGAAGCUGUACAAGAAUGCCCGGGAGCGGGAGAAGUAUGACAACAUGGCAGAGCUGUUUGCGGUUGUGAAGACCAUGCAGGCCCUGGAGAAGGCGUACAUCAAGGACUGUGUCACCCCAAGCGAGUACACGGCAGCCUGCUCUCGCCUGCUGGUGCAGUACAAAGCGGCCUUCCGUCAGGUGCAGGGCUCAGAAAUCAGCUCCAUUGAUGAAUUCUGCCGCAAGUUCCGCCUGGACUGCCCGCUGGCCAUGGAGAGGAUCAAGGAGGACCGGCCCAUCACCAUCAAGGACGACAAGGGCAACCUCAACCGCUGCAUUGCGGACGUCGUCUCGCUCUUCAUCACAGUGAUGGACAAGCUGCGCCUGGAGAUCCGCGCCAUGGACGAGAUCCAGCCUGACCUGCGGGAACUGAUGGAGACUAUGCACCGCAUGAGCCACCUGCCUCCCGACUUCGAGGGCCGCCAAACGGUCAGCCAAUGGCUGCAGACUCUGAGCGGCAUGUCUGCAUCGGACGAGCUGGAUGACUCCCAAGUGCGCCAGAUGCUCUUCGACCUGGAGUCUGCCUACAACGCCUUCAACCGUUUUCUGCAUGCCUGAGUGCCCCGACUCCCUGUCCUGGUGG